UGGACUCUGCGCGACCUUUGCACUGCGCACAGCGGGUGUGCGCUCCUGGCUGCGCUAUAAAAGCUGCGCUGCGGCUCGCUGAGAGCGACAGGUGAAGCUCAGGUGAAGCCUCCAGAUCUCAGCUCUCAGCUCCGGGUUCAGCUGCAGACAGUCAUGGCUCCAAGACCAGAAGUGGAGACUGAUUCCUCCCAUGCUCGCGAUGACAAAGCUAAAGAUUCUGCCAUCCUGCCGGCUUACUCCACCGUGGACCUGAUAAAUGAGGAACCUGAGGAGGUAGAUCCCUGGGCUCUCCCAGAGCUCAAAGACAUGGGGGUCAAGUGGUCAGAGCUGGAUACUAAAGGAAAGGUUUUGAGAGUACUGACUGCUAUUGUGAAGCUAGUUCUGCUGCUUGGAUUUCUUUACCUGUUUAUCUGCUCGUUGGAUAUUCUGAGUUCUGCUUUCCAGCUAGUCGGAGGCAAAGCUGCUGGUGACAUCUUCCAGGACAAUGCUGUGUUGUCCAACCCUGUGGCAGGGCUGGUCAUCGGUGUGUUAGUCACAGUGCUUGUACAGAGCUCCAGCACCUCCUCCUCUAUUGUGGUCAGCAUGGUGUCCUCUGGAUUGCUAGAAGUCAAGUCUGCAGUGCCGAUCAUCAUGGGAGCUAACAUUGGAACAUCUGUCACCAACACUAUUGUAGCUAUGAUGCAGGCAGCAGAUCGAAAUGAGUUCCGCAGGGCAUUUGCAGGUGCUACGGUCCACGACUUCUUCAACUGGCUGUCUGUCCUGGUUCUUCUGCCCCUAGAAGUCGCCUCUGGCGCUCUGUACAAACUCAGCCUCCUUGUGAUUGAGUCUUUCAAUAUCCAGACUGGAGACAAUGCCCCCGAAUUGCUCAACGUCAUCACAGACCCCCUCACAGACUCCAUCAUUGAGCUGGACAAAUCUGUUAUCAAUCAGAUUGCCACUGGCGACCCGGAGGCCAGGAACAGAAGUCUGAUCAAAAGAUGGUGCAAAACAGAGAUAAACAUGACUUUCUGGAAUGAGACACUGCCAAACUGCACUGCCCCUUCCAUUUGCUGGGUUGAGAAGAACAAGACUUGGACUGAAAACGUGGAGAAAUGCAAACACAUCUUCGCCAAUGUGCAGUUGCCAGACCUGGCAGUGGGCCUCAUCCUCUUGGCUGUGUCUUUGUUUGUCCUCUGCACCUGCCUCGUCCUCAUUGUCAAGCUGCUCAACUCCAUGCUGAAGGGACAGGUGGCUGUGGUCAUCAAGAAGGUGCUCAACACAGACUUCCCCUUCCCCUUCGCCUGGGUUACUGGCUAUCUUGCAAUUAUGGUCGGGGCUGGGAUGACCUUCCUUGUUCAGAGCAGCUCCAUCUUCACCUCAGCUAUAACACCACUUGUUGGUAUUGGUGUCAUUAGCCUUGAGAGAGCUUAUCCUCUGACCCUGGGGUCCAAUAUUGGUACAACAACCACUGCUAUACUUGCUGCUAUGGCUAGUCCUGGAGAAACGUUAGCCAACUCCCUGCAGAUUGCACUUUGCCACUUCUUCUUUAACAUCAUGGGCAUCAUACUGUGGUACCCAAUCCCCUUCAUGCGGGUGCCCAUCAGGCUGGCAAGAGGGCUCGGGAACCGAACCGCCAAAUACCGCUGGUUUGCUGCCUUCUACCUUAUCCUGUGCUUCUUGGUUUUACCUCUGUUUAUAUUCGGCCUGUCGCUGGCAGGCUGGCAAGUCCUGGUUGGCGUUGGAGUGCCAAUCGUUGUUCUGGUUGUCUUUGUGAUUAUCGUCAAUAUGAUGCAGUCCCGCUGGCCCCGCUACCUGCCCACGGUCCUGAGAAACUGGGACUUCUUGCCGCGGCCCCUGCACUCCAUGGCACCGUGGGACAGAAUGGUGACCUCAUCUUUAGCCUUCUGUGGCACACGCUGCUGCUGCUGCUGCAACUGCAAAUGCUGCAAGUGCUGCCAAAAAGAGGAGGAGGUUGAAAAGAUCAGGAGAAACAGCAAGACGGGCCUGGAGAUGUACGAUAAUCCAGCCAUGUCUAAAGACGAAGAGCAUGGCAAAUCAACACGUAUUUAAUAUUAUUAAAUGAAAUUUGCAUCUGUAAGCAAUGCUAAAUGCAGUAAUGUACUUGUAGCACACUUGUAAUUGUUCAUCACUUCUCAGGUUGUGGUGUGUCACUGAUUCCCUUCUAUCGGAUGAUACACUGAGCACCGUAGUAAACACUGUUGCUAUCAUGCUGGAGAGUAUGAACAGAAGUGUUGUAUAUAUUCUCAUGAACCCACUGUUGUUGGGCCUGUGAUGUGCAUUUUAUAAUGUUUUCAAUUUAUUGUUCAGACUCGCUGUCUGCUAUGACAUAACUAUGGGUGGCUGCGAAUGUUGGGAUAUAUUUUUAUAUUUUAUGUAACAUGGUUUUAUUGUCAACUCUGACCAUUUCACCUUCAGAUGUUUAAUGUAGCAUUUAAGAUAUAAUGUCAUUAACACGUUGUGUUAUCUUUCAGUAUUUAAUAAUAUGUAAUAAUGUAAAUAACAAUAAAAAAUAAUAUGUAAAUAAAAAAAUACUAUUUUUAAA